AUGGCCAGUCUCUCGUCCGUCGUUGAUGGGCUUGUGCGAGCGCAGUAUGGGGCCUCUGCGUCGCAGGUGACAGAGGAAGAGCUCGACAGACACGUGGCGGACCUCAUAUUGAAGGAGGCAAAGCAGAAGGCGGAGGCGUUCAACCAGAGUGGCAUUCGGGCGUAUCUACGCAGCAAUAUUCCCGAAAGCAAUGCGCCAAAGGCGAACAAACGAUUUCUGACGUCCAUCAUCAAGAGCACGGAUGACCACAACCGGACGAUCCUCCAGGCCCAGGCGAGUGCUGCGCAGGAAAUUAAGCGCGAGCGAGAUGAGAUUGAGCGAAAGGAGAGACGGGCGAGGGCUGAAGAGGCGGUGGAGGCCGAGAAGAUGAGGAGAGCCAGAAACAAAUCGAGUCGGAGUCGGCGACGGAGUAGAGAAGAACAAGACGACAGCUGGGACCAUUGGGAUGGGAGAACUGCUGCUAGGACAACGAGGAAGCCACGGGACUGGGAAACUUGGAAUGGCGAGGAUGAUGAUGAUGAUGAUGAUGACAACCGCCACCAUAGGUCAAGACGAAGACGGUCUCGCUCUAGAGACAGGAAACGAAGUAGCGAGAAGCGGUCUUCUAGAUCUCAUCGGGAACGUGAACGGUCACCGCAUGCUGAAAGCUCAAAAUCCAAGAAACGCAAACGGUCGCGAGACAGAGACAAUUCUGUUUCGCGUUCAAGCAAGGACAAGGAAUCGUCUCGAGAGUCCAACAAAGACAAGGAGUCUCAGCGCAAGCAUGAAUCGAGCUCCAGAAAGCGUUCACGGUCCACCUCACCUUCAACUCGCAAAGCAGACACUAAAGAAAUGGCUACCGCACGCGAAGAAGAACUACGCCAGAAACUCAAGUCUAAAUCACGCAGUAAAGCGGAAGCAAAACAGCCUACACCACCACCCCCGCCAUCAUCACCGCCACCAGCGAAACGCAGUAGAGUCGAGCGUACUCGCUCUCGGCCCCCUUCUCCUUCAACUACCCCUCCGCCACCGCCACCAUUCCCACCACCACCAUUGCGGUCACGUUCUUCCAGUUGCUCUUCAAUGAGCAUCACGCCCGGGCCAGAACCAGAGUCCCAACUGCCCUCCAAGAUGGACAAGUACUUCGAGGAAUCGUAUGACCCCCGGCUGGAUGUGGCCCCGCUUACGGCCCCGACGGUCCCGAAAACAGGGCUGAUCGACAAUUCUGCUUAUUAUGGCUGGGACGCGAUGCUUGAGCUCCUUCGGCAGCGGCAGCAGGACAAGGCAGAGAAGAAGCUCAAGGGGUCAUCGAGCUCUGCGACCAGCAAGCUGUUGGCGUCGAGUGCGGCCAGCGAUCGCUGGAAUGGAUCAAGCCAGAGCAUAAUGGAGAUUGAGUACAGCAAGCGGGGGUCUGUGAGAGAAUGGGAUUUGGGCAAGGUCGAUCCGACAUGA